AUGGAGAGGAGCAAUCACACAGUGACUGAGUUCAUCCUGUUGGGCUUCACAAAAGGCCCUGUGAUGCAGCUCGUCCUGUUUGUGGUGUUCCUUGGCGUGUACUCUGUGACCCUAGCAGGAAAUACCACCCUCAUAAUGUUGAUCUGUAAUGACUCCCAACUCCACACGCCCAUGUAUUUUUUUAUUGGAAAUCUGUCUUUUCUGGAUCUCUGGUAUUCCUCUGUCUACACCCCAAAGAUCCUAGUGACCUGCAUCUCUGAAGACAAAACCAUCUCCUUUGCUGGCUGCCUGUCUCAGUUCUUCUUUUCUGCGGGGCUGGCCUACAGUGAGUGCUACCUGCUGGCUGCCAUGGCUUAUGACCGCUAUGUGGCCAUUUCCAACCCCCUGCUUUAUGCUCAGGCCAUGUCAAGGAGAUUGUGCAUCUGUUUGGUUGUCCAUUCAUAUACUGGGGGUUUUGUCAAUGCAAUAAUAUUAACAAGCAACACAUUCACAUUGGAUUUUUGUGGUGACAAUGUCAUCGAUGACUUUUUCUGUGAUGUCCCACCCCUGGUGAAGUUGGCAUGUGAUGUGAAGGAUAGCUACCAGGCCGUGCUGUACUUCCUCCUGGCCUCCAAUGUCAUCACCCCCGCGCUGCUCAUACUCGCCUCCUACCUCUUCAUCAUUGCCGCUGUCUUGCAGAUCCACUCCACACAGGGCCGCCUCAAAGCCUUCUCCACCUGCUCCUCCCACCUGAUCUCUGUCACCUUGUACUACGGCUCCAUUCUCUACAUCUACUCUCGCCCAAGUUCCAGCUAUUCCCUUGAGAGGGACAAAGUGGUUUCUACCUUUUAUACUGUGUUGUUUCCCAUGUUGAAUCCCAUGAUCUACAGUCUGAGGAAUAAAGAUGUGAAAGAAGCUCUGAAAAAAUUCUUCAAGUUAGCCCAAGCCAAAGUCUAA